AUGGGCGCAAAAGAGCGCACGAGAAUGUCCAAAUUCGCCCGAAUGGGAAACCCCAUCUGGACUCUGGACUUUGGAGGGGGAUAUUUUGAAUACUGGGCUCAGUGGGCUGGACUGUACACCAGUAUACUUCUCCAAAAGCAAACCCCAACCCCCGCUGCGUCCUGCGUAGGCCCUCAGGAGCAUACAGUAUGGAACCUGAAGCCUGGAAAGAGUCAAGACGGGUAUCUGCGUCUUACAGUAGUGUCCGACCACACAUGGCUUGAUCGCCCCCUUCUCCCUUCUCCCUUCUCCCUUCUCCCUUCUCCCCCCUCAAGACAUCCUCCCCGGUCACAAGUCCCAUGCUGGUCCGUUUUGGGCAAAGAUGACCUCGGGUGGCAAUUGCCCUGCGCAUCCGAAUCGUCUCGAUUGUUGAAAAUGUUUGGUCCGGACGUUGGAAACCCACCCAGCUAA